CAUCACAUCAGACGUGUCGUGGUUGCAGUCUGGUGAUGACUUGAGCUUGAUUUGUGAUUACUCAUCAGACAGAUGGAUGCUUUGGGAUGAGAUAGCGUCCUCUGUGUCUACAUCGAGCUGCUGCAGAAAGGCGCGCACAGGAAAGACGUGGGCACCUUACUACUGGAAUUUCAUAGCCUAUUGUUUUUGGAGCCUUGCUAAAGGAAGUCUUCUCCCUUCCAUCUAACACCAUUUUUGGAUGAUGAUUCCGCUGCUCUUCAAAGAUGAUGUGAGUUGAAUCGGAGUGAAGCUGCAGAGGAGCUGUCCGUCUGUCGAGGUGCUGAUGCGGCUGUGACAGCAGUGAGUAUGGCCGCCGGGAAGUUGUUGCUCUACACCGGGCUCUCCUUGUCUCUUUGUGCCUUGGGCAUGCUCGCCGUGGCGAUGUGCUCGGAUCAUUGGUACGAGACAGACGCCAGAAGGUACAAGGAGCGAUGCCGAAGUUUCUCCAGCCGCCGUAAGGACCCGGGCUUUAUCUAUAUCCCCAACAACAGCCUGCCGCUGCGGGCCAGCCGAGUCAGCAUGCCUCGCUGGGAGGACAAGGUGCUACUGGCCCGAAACCGAAGGCAGCUGUUCGCCAUGAGCGCCGCAGACGAAUGCAGCAGGCAGUAUAACUCCACCAACAUGGGGUUGUGGAGGAAAUGCCACCGGCUUGGCUUCGACCAGGUGAUCGAAGAUCACAUUCGCAAAGGUUCAAUUGCAAGAUGCUCCUACAUUAAGUACCAUUACUCGUCAGCUGCAAUACCCAAAAAUCUGUCCUACAACAUCACCAAGACAAUACGACAGGAUGAAUGGCACUCCCUACACCUGCGACGAAUGACAGCUGGUUUUAUGGGCAUGGCAGUGGCCAUCAUUCUGUUUGGCUGGAUCAUUGGCUUGCUUGGCUGCUGUUGGGAUCGAGGUCUCAUGCAAUAUGUGGCUGGCCUGCUCUUCCUCAUGGGAGGAACUUUCUGCAUUAUCUCCCUCUGUACCUGUGUUGCUGGCAUUAACUUUGAGCUUUCCCGUUUUCCACGGUACCUGUACGGCCUUCCUGACGACAUUGGCCAUGGCUAUGGAUGGUCUAUGUUUUGCGCAUGGGGAGGUCUUGGCCUUACCCUCAUCGCUGGUUUCUUCUGCACCCUGGCUCCCUCUGUUCAGCCAAUACCCAGAUCCACCUGUCCCAAAGCUCGGCAAGAGAACGGCACUGUCUGCUAAAGCUAGAAAAAGUGAACAGACCAGCUACAUCAAUUGAUUAUAAAAUAGACAAACUGUCAACUCAUGUCAUCUGCCUACUUAUCAUUGAUCAGUUCUGGGUACAGAGUUUUUAAAUUGUGUGUGUUUGAAAUGGAUAUCUUGAUAAUCUGGUUUCUUGAUCAUACAAUGAGAGGGUCAAGAUCUUAGAAGAAAUAAAUAAAAAAUUAUUCUGUCUUUUGUUAUUGUGGGACAGAUGUGGAAAUUGACCUUGGAUAGGAAAAUAUUCCAAGAAACGGACUGAUGUGUGGAGCUUGUCACCUGAAGAUUGGGUGUAAGUGUAAAAAUGGAUAGUAACAAUUUGACAAAGAUGUGUUCUCUGUUCUUGCCUGGUGUAAUGCAGUUGGUUUCUUUAGAAUUCUCACAGGAACCAGAUUGAACUAAUCCAGGGUUAUCAUCUGAGUAAACUUUUCUGUGCACCAUGCAAAGUUGCAUGUAACAAAUGAGCGGGAUUAAGAUACAAACUCAAUUGUUGUUAAUUAUUAACUGGAAUAUUCCAAAAAUGGUAACAGGAAACAGGAAUUUUCAUAUUGGAUUGCUGUUAUUCUGUAUAGGCGCAUUCCUUUGCCUACAAUGACCUUACAUGCCAUUAAGUAUUUUGACCAUACAAUUUUUGUUUAAUUUUUUUAUUGAUUCCCUCAUUUUGUGAACAAACAGAAAUUUUCUGUCAGAGCAAAUGCCUUGUGUCCUUUUAUUCAUGAGUAUGUAUGAGUAUGAGCAUGUUGGCAAGAAGGUGAUUUUACUGUCUAUACAACAAAUCUUUUUAUUUAAUAAAGUAGAUACAUAGAUUGAAUAUGUAAAAAAUCUAUUUCUUUUAAUCUGAGUUACUGAUGAAUCAAGUUAAGAGGGAGCAUAUUCACAUUAAGAUUUUGCUGCCUUCAGAAGGAGUGAAAAAGCAUGUAGGUUUUUUGUAACUCAUUCUUUGGUAUUGAUUUCCUGGUCAACUGUCCACAAUUUCCUCCCUCUAUUGGGUUCCAUAUCACAAGAAAGCACAAAUUUAUCCAGCUGACAUAUUCUAGACCCAGGAGAUCAUGUCAUGUAUCAGUAAAAUCUUAACUCGCCUUAAUCACCAUCAAUGACUUCCAGAGAUUUGUCUGUGGUCAGUGGUAUAAACCUUAGGUCUGAUGAAUAAGGCCUUCUUUUCACUGGCAUCUCUAUAGUGUUGCUCGACUUAGCUCAACUUUACAUGGUGGUUUUUCAUUACAAUAGUUCUAACAGUGAAACCAUUACAGUUGGGUGGCACCAGAGUUUGAAAUGUAGUAUGGCAUGAUCUUGUACAAACUGCUGCAGGUGUUGAAGCCGUGGAUGGUGUUGGGGUAGAAGAAGUGGAGCUUGAAGUCCUUAAUUUGGAUUCUCUCUUAAUUUGGAGAGUUAAGGGACUCUCCCUUAAUUAAGGGAAGUGGAGAUAUACCUUUCAUAGAAAGAGGUUCUGGAAACACAAAACAUACAUAAGGUGUAAAUGCAAUAUAUGUUCGAGCCAGUGAAUAAUCCAAGCAGAGCACAUUGAUAGCAAGUUAGUAUUGCCUUGAUGCAAGACACAACAUCAUAAGUUUCAGAAUAUUCUUGUUCGUUCAAAGUAAGCGCACCACUGAGGGACAAGUUGCAUAGAAGAGUCUUUAAGUCAUAAAACCAUCAUCCAUUAUGGAAUACAGCAAUGAUGUUCUCAAUUUCAAUCAACUCUACCUGUUACUAGUUGCUGCCUGUAAAUGGCGUCUGUUUCGUUGAACCACUCUGGCUGUUGUGUUGGUCCAGUAAUCGCUUUACAGGGUUCUAAUCGUCUUGCUGUUCACUGGUACCUGUAGGCAGCCAUCAACAGAGUCACACUUGUCACUGCAAAUCAACAAGGCAGUUAAAAGUGAUUUACAUAAUAAAAACAUGACAAUAAAUACACAAAAGAAAAGAAACGUUAUAUUACAUCACAGUCAGUAACAGGCAAUCUUCUGAUGCUGCCUUCUUAGCCUGAGUUGGUACAUUUGGAACUCCUGCAAAGUGGAUCCUAAAAAUGAGACAGGUAAUUACUUAACUGUUACUUAACUGGGAAUACCUUUCUAAUCAAAUAAAGUUAAGUUGAGCCAUAAUGAGUAGGUGCCAGUGGAAAAGGGCAACAUGGGUAAUCUCAUAUGUGCAUUCCAUGUGCUCCAGAAAGCAAAUCUUGAUCAAUGUUUUGGAAUAGUCAAUAUUUGAAACAUAUUUAUUGAGUGUUGGAUUACUUAAAAUUCUAUUUGGGCGUAGAGAAAUUGGUGUUCAUUGCUCAUAAAAACCUCUUAAGGUUUUCAUGAGCAAUAACUAAAUUUGGGUAUGUAAUAAAUAAAUUUGGGUAUGCAAUUUAAACACCUAAAUUUCUAUUGCACCUUUCAGAUUUCUUUGUCACAUUACUAAGCAAAUUUUCAUUUAAGGCUAAAACUACCUGGGUUAAUGUGAAAAACUUUUAGCCUAAAGGAUCUGUUUAAAUAAUUACUUGAGUUUAUAUAAAAACAAACAUAAAACAGGGGAAAUCAGUCAUGGGGUCAAUGUAAGGAAUAUCAACAACUCUUUUCAGAAAUGCAGUUCUCAGAAAGUCAUAAAAAUUAUACAAAUGCUUGAUUUUUAUUUUUCCUUUAGCUUUUAUUUUACUAUUACAAAGUAAAAUAAGUAAAUCAUGAAUGAAUUUCAUAUCUGACUGGAAUUAAGGAGGAAGCAUGGGCAUCACAAUGUAAGGAGCCAUUCAUUGUGUGCUCAAGUCCUACAAUAGACUUAAAAAGAACACAUCCCUUUUGAUUUGGUUUGAGAUAUUCUAUUUUGUUCAACCUCACACCUAAAGUAUUUACAUUCUACAGGUGCAACUUGACUUUUAGUUUAUUCAUGUAAACAGUAAGCAGAACAAUGCACUUCACAUAUUUGUACAUGAAAAGUACAUGAAAAGUCCCAUGUUCAGAUAUUUAUUAUAUUUAUAAGAAUCUAUCAUAGAUGCCAUCUACAAGACCUCCUACUCAACAUAUUGUCAUCAGAACUAAUCUAAAAACAAUCAGCUCUCUAAAAACACACACAAAAAAAACUGCAUUUACUGUUUGCAUCCUGAUCACUUGAAGAUUUGUGUGUCUUAACUUGUUGGAUUGUUGUAUCAAUGUCUGUGUUCCCCAAUCUUAGAAAGUAUUUUUAUUUUUAUUUUUAAGGAUUCAUUGAAUAAAAGACCCAAAAUUUAAAAACUGGAAUGACUCAUUACUAAAAUCUACAAAGAUGGUUUAGUGAUAAGAUGGCUUAAGAGCCACUUAUUGAAAGACAAAAUAAAAGUAGAAAUUGUCCUAUUGUGUAUCAGUUCAGUCAUGUUCUAGAUUAAAAUAAAGUAGAAUUGUAUUCA